GGAACACUAUAUUGAAGCAUGUCUGGAAGUUUCUACUUUGUGAUAGUUGGUCAUCAUGAUAAUCCCAUAUUUGAAAUGGAAUUUCUGCCUCCUGGAAAAGUAGAGUCAAAGGACGAUCAUCGCCAUCUCAACCAGUUCAUUGCCCACGCUGCUCUUGACCUGGUAGACGAGAACAUGUGGCUUUCGAACAACAUGUACCUGAAGACUGUGGACAAGUUCAAUGAAUGGUUUGUUUCGGCUUUCGUCACGGCUGGACAUAUGAGAUUUAUAAUGCUUCAUGAUGUAAGGCAAGAAGACGGCAUUAAGAACUUCUUCAAUGAUGUCUAUGACUUGUAUAUAAAGUUUGCGAUGAAUCCGUUUUAUGAACUCAAUUCUCCCAUUCGAUCCAGUGCCUUUGAAAGGAAAGUACAGUUCCUGGGGAAGAAACACCUUUUAAGCUGAAUAGAUAACUUUCCUGAGUGAGUCCUUUUUCCAUACUUUCCUGAUUAUUUGAACUGUAGUUCUUCUGGUUAGUUCUCGGCAUGUUUGACAUUCAUACUCUGAAGGUCAACAGACUGGAUGCUGAAGAAGGGGUUUGUGUUGUUGGGGUUCUUUUCCUGGUACAGAUAAGAACAGCCAAGCUUCUCCGGUGAAAA